AUGGCUGAUAAUAUCGGUCGCAGAAAGGAAAACAUCGUCGACUUGAAUAAAUAUCUAGAUAAACGAAUUCGAGUGAAAUUCAACGGUGGUCGUGAAUGUAGUGGAAUGUUGAAAGGUUAUGAUCAACUAUUAAACUUAGUACUCGAUCAAACAAUUGAAUAUUUACGUGAUCCGGAUGAUGAAUACAAAAUCAGUGAGGAUACACGCCAAUGGCAUGGAGGAAAUUCCGAAUCCAUUCGUUCAACAUGA